AUGGAGAGAAUGGAGUUGCCAACAACGAUUUUGAUAGGGAAGAUGAAUGUGGGAUUUGCUUGGAGCCAUGCACCAAAAUGGUCUUGCCUAGUUGCUGUCAUGCGAUGUGCAUCAACUGCUAUCGUGAUUGGAACACACGAUCAGAGUCCUGCCCAUUUUGUCGAGGUAGCUUAA